AUGGGGGGCAGAGCAGCCUUGCGUUACCAGAAUGCGGGAGGAAUCCGCGAUAAGAGGAAACGGGAAGAACGGUUGGAACUGAACAGAAAGAAGAAGGCGAAGAAGCGCCAAGAGGAGUACGCCGCCGCGAGGCUGCCUGACAUGCGCACCAGGGGAGACAAGUCAGCCUACGGACGCUCUGUGAAACACCCUGUGAAAAAGAACGGGCGAUUGAGCGAUCUCCAAAGUUCCUCUGAUGAGGACGAUGAAGAGGCAGACGAGGAAGUAGAAGCGGAGGAAGAGGAAGAAGAGAAAGCAGAAGAGGAGGAAGAGGAGGAGGAAGGCGAUGAAGAAGAGGAAGACGAAGAAGAGGAGGAAGAGGGAGAGGAUGACGAGGGAGAGGAGGAAGACGAGGAUGAAGAAGUGGAACUGAGUGACGGGUGUUUGGACGAAAGCUUCGGUGAGGAAGAGUCAGAUGAAGCGGAAGAUUCCGAAGGAGACGAUGGACAAGGCGAGAGCGGAAGUCGAAGAGGACACGCGAGGACCACGGACCCGGUAGACGGAAAUCCGGUCGCACACGAGCGAAACCAAGGAGAAGACUUGGCCGUGGCUUCUGAAGGAGAGAAAAACAAGGUCCAGAAGAACAGAGAAACCGCUGCUCAGAAGCGGCAAUGCGCGUAUGUGAAACACAACGCGCUUCUUCACACGCAGACGGCGUGGGGGGAUCUCCCCUUGAGUCGGCCGCUUCUCAGGGCCAUUCAAGAUCUCGAGUACGCUCACCCCACGCACAUUCAAGCGGCGUGCCUCCGUCCAGCUCUCGAAGGCCGCGAUCUCCUGGCCAACGCACAGACCGGUUCAGGCAAGACCGCAGCAUUCCUUCUUCCCACGCUGGAACGGUUGCUCCAUAGCCCAGGGGUUCGCACUCGCAAGAUGACGCCGAAUGGACCCGCGGGCGGUUUGCGAGGGACGAAAGCUCUGGUGUUGCUUCCGACUCGAGAGCUGGCGAUGCAGUGCGUCCAGAUGCUUCAGUGUCUCUCCAAAUAUACUCCCGUUACCCACGCGCUGGCUUGCGGAGGGAUGACCUUGAAGGCACAUGAAAACGCGCUGCGGCAACAACCGGACAUUGUCGUGGCAACUCCUGGGCGUAUUCUGGACCUACUGCUGAACUCACCGACCGUCCACCUUGAACUGCUCGAGAUCAUUGUCCUCGACGAGGCAGAUCGGCUGCUUGAGCUCGGCUUCCGCGAGGAGAUUCUCGCGAUCCUCCGCCACUGUCACCGCGCCCGUCAGACGCUCCUCUUUUCCGCCACUCUGACCCCGUCUAUUGCGUCUCUCGCCUCCCUCGCGUUGAACCGCCCCCUGCACAUUUCGGCUGAAGCAGCAGUCGGAGACAGCACAGCGGACCGCGAGAAGAGCGGCUUCACCGUCACGUCUUUGCAGGCGGCGACCGCAGCUCUGAAGCAAGUCUCCUCCACGUUGGAGCAACAAUUUGUGAUGCUCCAGAGAGACGAGCAUCGUGCACCGGCCCUUUUACACCUGUGCACAACCGCGUACACGAAAAACGUCAUUGUUUUCUUCCAGACCAAGCAGCUGGCGCACCAGACGAGUCUCCUCUUCAAGUUCAUGGGCUUGCAGUAUGCAGAACUGCACGGCAACCUCACACAGCAGAUGCGCGUCGAGGCUCUUGAGAGAUUUCAUGCCGGGGAGGCGGAUUUCCUCCUGGCUAGCGAGUUGGCGUCUCGAGGCUUGGACAUUGCAGGCGUAGAAGCAGUCAUCAAUUUCAACGUCCCUGCCGAUAUUGACCGGUACAUCCACAGCGUAGGACGCACAGCCCGCAUGGGCCGGAGUGGAGUUGCUGUGACUCUUUACCACCGAGACGGUCCAGAGCGUCUGCAGGUGAAGAAGCUUUUGCAAGCUCUGCGAGGCGGCCUCAACCAGUCCGGCGAGAAACCAGGCAAGAGCAGGAACAGCAAAGGCAAGGGAGACACCGCGCAGGACGGGAGCUCGGCCGGUGCGCCUCGUGUGUUUCAACGGAGAAUUGACGCCGAUAAGCUUGAAGCUCUCGAGAAGAAGGUCAAGUCUCUGCAAGGAGACAUCAGCCGAGAGUUGAAACGCGAGAAGCUGGAGCGCGAAGUACGCCUCGCUGAGCUCCAUCUACAAAAGGCAGAAAACCUCCAAACGCACGCAGAUGAGAUCUACUCGCGACCGAUGCGACAGUGGUUCAUGACAGCCAAAGAAAAGCAGCGGUUGAAGGACGAGUCGAAGGCUCUUGUCGGGAAAGACGCAGAAGAAAGGGAGGCGCUGGAGAAGGCACGCGGCGGCUCUGCAAAAGAACGCAGUGGCCAAGCCGCCAGUGAAGACGAGGCGGAAGAAGACAGCGAGGCUGAGACAGAAGACGCCGAAGACAACCGCUCGCUAUCGGGCAGCGACGAAGACAUGCACGGUGCCGACUCAGACGAGGAACUGCCGGACUGGAUCACGGCGUGCAGCGACGACGGGCAGAGCGUGGAAGACGAAGUUGAAGAGCCGGCUCCAAAGAAGAAGAAGGCGAAGGCUGUGACAGUGAAGGAAUUCAAAGUCGCGAAGCCGAAGGCGCAGCCGACCGGCGGGCACAAGGAAAAGAAGAAGCAGGAGAGGCUGACCCCAAAACAGCGGGAGAGAAUGAAGGAACUUCAGUUCAUGAAAGCCGCAGGCCGCUCAGCCAAACGAAGCCAAAUGCCGAAGCGGCUGCGCGUGACUCACACUUCUCCAGAAGACGUCCACAGUGGCAAGGCGAGGCGGCAAAAGAACCAGAAGAAGAAGCACAGGCCUUGCUGGCGAGCAGAAGAAUCGAAGAAGCCGCAGGGCGGGAGAGACGAAAAGAAGGAGAGGAAGGUGAAAUCCGUGGGCAAAAAGGCCUUCAAAUCAAAGGGCCGGUAUCGACGCAGAUAA